AUGGGAAUUUUACGCAAAUUUUUAUUAUUUAUUCUUAUCGUAUGUUACAUUUCAAUUGCAUAUGGUAAACAAAAAACAGUUAAAGAUACUGUUGUCGAUGGAGCUACACACAUUAAAGAUACUGUUGUCGAUGAAGCUACACACAUUAAAGAUACGGUUGUCGAUGGGGCUACACACAUCAAAGAUACAGUUUCGGAUGGUGUUAAAACUGGAGCAAAAUUAGCAAGUGAUGCUGCUAAAACUGGAGCAAAAUUUGCAAGUGAUGCUGCUAAAACUGCUGGUGAUUAUGUAGCUGAUGCUGCUUCAUCAGCAGCUAAAGUUGGUCAAGAAGCAGCGGCCGAUGCUGCUAAAGCAACAAAAGAAUAUACUGCUGCUGGUGCUCACAAAACUCAAGAAGUUUUUAACGAAUACGUUGUACCGGCUGCUUCUGAUACAUUCCAUACAGUAAAAGAGAAAGUUGCUGAGGCAGCUCAUGCCACUGCUGAAAAAACACAAGAAGUAUACAAUGAAUAUGUUCUUCCUACAGCACAUGCUGGUAUUGAAAAAACUCAAGAAGUAUUUAAUGAAUAUGUUGUACCGGCUGCUUCUGAUACAUUCCAUACAGUAAAAGAUAAAGUUGCUGAGGCAGCUCAUGCCACUGCUGAAAAAACACAAGAAGUAUACAAUGACUAUGUUGCACCAACAGCUGCCGCGGGUGCUGAAAUCGUGAAAGAAAAAGUUCGUGAGGCCACUGAUGUUCUCAAAGAAAAAACAGCUGAAGCAACUGAUAUUCUUAAAGAAAAAGCUACUGAAGCAGCUAAAGUUGGUACAGAAUAUGCUGAAAUAAUUAGUGAAAAAGCUGCUACAGCUGCUGAAGCAGGUAGUGAGUAUUUAGCACAAGGUGCUGAAAUUGUCAAGGAGAAGGCUACAGAAUAUGCUGAAGAAUUUCUCAAACAAGGUCAAACUUUCAAAGAAGUAGCUAAAGAAAAAUUAGAUGAUGCUGCUGGUGAAACAAUCAAAAGUGCAAAAGAAUUUGCUUCUGAAGCUUACAAAACUACUAGUGAAUAUACAGCUCAAGCUGGUGAAAUGUUAAAAGAAAAAGUUCCAGAAGCCAUUGAAGCUGGAAAAGAAUAUGCAGCCAAGGCUGUUGAAAUGGGUCAAGAAUAUGGCAAAGAAGCACUUGAAAAAACUGAAAAAUAUGUUGAACAAGUAUAUGAGGCUGGUAAAGAAAAAGCUGAAGAACUUUUUAAAGAUGCUAAGAAGAAACUGGAAUUAUAA